UCAACGAGUUCCUAAAUUCUGCAACUUGCAACUCAAAAGACCAAGAGUGAAAGUCCCGGAUAUGCAGAGCUAUUUAUGGAUAGCAGUUACGAAGAGCUAUUACGCAGUGCUCUACGAGCAAACCUCGAGAAGCAUGCCAACAAAUCGACGAGCAGAGCUAAAGGAGACUCGGUAUCGUACACAGAGUAUCAAACCUCAGAACAAGCGAUCAUGACGAAAUUCGCUAACGCACCAUACAACCUCUGCAAGGACAAACUAAAGCGAGUGCGACAACGCGUCCAAGACCAAGUGUUCGCAUCGAGUCGCAAAACGCUAGACGAACAGAUUGCGACGCUGCUCGCGGGAACAACCGAGGGCGGCCUCAGUCGUGCCUGUCACAUCUUAUCUUACGAUCUUUUCCAGCCCUGGUAUCAACAGGAACGCUACUACAGUGCCGACUAUUUUGCAAGUAAAGGCGGCAUACGACUGCUUGUUGAUUUGAUGCGGUCUGAGUGCAUGUCGAUGAAUGUGAAGCUGCUCGCCAUGUCUGCGCUGUGGCACUUCGGUAGUGAUGAACGACGCAGCCGACUGCUGAUUGAGAGCAAAAUAUUGGACGUCAUCGAUCCUUUGCUGAAGAAGGGCACGUACACGGUCAGGACAAAAUGUGUUGGCUUGCUUUGGGGUCUUCUAGAGUUCCCUGAUGUUCAGAAAGAAAUCGUGGAAGCAGGUUUUCUUACACCUCUUUCUGAAAUUCUUAGGAGUCCUCCAGACUCUAUCGUAAUCAUCGAGCUCACAAUUGGGUGCCUCCAGUGCUGCUGCUCAAAUUACUGUCUUAUUGAGAGACUCAUCGAGGAGAAUAUAAAUGAUGCCAUCAUCAAUUGUUGUGUUCGCAUACUUUCGUUCAUAGGGUAGAUGGGCAGUGAUAUGGGAGGAAAGUGGACAAUGAGUUGUUACUUCGGUUACCAUGCACUUGCAUUAAUGUAUUUACAUGCUGAGACAAAAUGCUGGUUGGACGAGGUGCAAGGGUCAAAUCACAGAUCACAGGCUGGUCAAUCAAACUUGAUCUGUAGCUUCUUGGAGAAGAAGGAGACUGCAUUGACAGCAAUAGACACGUGGUUGCGUAACAACAGUUACGCAAAGAUUCGUGAUAUCGAAGAUGGUUGCUAUGUGUGGCGCUAUAUGCAUCCUUUUGCCUCAUUGCUUUAUGGUCGUAGCCCUGUGGUACGUCGUAUGGGCGCCUUUUCUAUGGCAAACCUUAUGCAAGGUCCAGAAAACAGACUUUUGCUUGUACACGAAGAGGGCGAGAGCUACGCAUCAUUGCAGUGCUCCACCUGGUGCAAAGACAAAGAAACCCAAAUGCUGGCAAGAGAAGCUAUGAAGGAAGCUUAUAAAGAUGGAGUUGAUCCCCCAUCAUUACAAGCAAUCUGUAAAUUUUGGAUUUGUGAUAAUUUUGAUGUUGUCGGUCGAGGGUCAAUAAAGAUGUUGCCACGUGCUCUCCAGACAAAGAAAGAAAUCGUGGAAGCAGGUUUUCUUACACCUCUUUCUGAAAUUCUUAGGAGUCCUUCAGGCUCUAUCAAAAUCAUCGAGCUUGCAAUCGGGUGCCUCCAGUGCUGCUGCUCAAAUUACUGUCUUAUUGAGAGACUCAUCGAGGAGAAUAUGGAUGAUGCCAUCAUCAAUCGCUGUGUUAGCUUACUUUCGUUGCUAUGGUACGAGGGCGGUGAUAUUGCGAAAGAGGCAACAAUGAGUUGUUACAUCGGUUACCAUGCACUUGCAUUAAUGUAUUUACACGCUGAAACAAAAUGCUGGUUGGACGAGGUGCAAGGAUCAAAUCACGAGUCACAGGCUGGUCAAUCAAACUUGAUCUGUAGCUUCUUGGAGAAGAAGGAGACUGCAUUGACAGCAAUAGACACGUGGUUGCAUAACAACAGUUACGCAAAGAUUCGUGAUAUCGAAGAUGGUCACUAUGUGUGGCGUUACAUGCAUCCUUUUGCCUCAUUGCUUUAUGGUCGUAGCCCUGUGGUACGUCGUAUGGGCGCCUUUUCUAUGGCAAACCUUAUGCAAGGUCCAGAGAACAGACUUCUGCUUGUACACGAAGAGGGCGAGAGCUACCCAUCGUUGCAGUGCUCCACCUGGUGCAAAGACAAAGAGACCCAAACACUGGCAAGAGAAGCUAUGAAGGAAGUUUAUAAAGAUGGAGUUGAUCCCCCAUCAUUACAAGCAAUCUGUAAAUUUUGGAUUUGUGAUAAUUUUGAUGUUGUCGGUCGAGGGUCAAUAAAGAUGUUGCCACGCGCUCUGCAGACAAAGGUAGUACCGUUUUUACACUAGUGACAGACCGUGGCAUUGCAGUCUGUGUCUGCAUCUGUGUUGUACAUGUGAUACCUAGUAAUAGAAUAGUCUGCACUUGUCUUUGA